CAGAAGCGCCAUCAUGUCACCCGCACCCAAGUCUCUCAUCGGCUACCUCCACGCGGCUAUCCUGAAGAACAAAGGGGUCAAGCAAUUGCAAUCACACUUACCACCCCUGAAUUUCAUAACUGUUCAUUAUACCUACUUCAUCGUGACAUGCAUGGUCUUCUCCCUCAUGUUCUGGGGUUCUUCCCACCCUGCCAGGAGCAUUUCCUACACCGACUCCCUCUUCCUGGUCGUCUCAGCCAUGUCCGAGACUGGUCUGAACACAGUCAACCUCAGCCAGAUGACGACCUUCCAGCAAGUCCUCCUCUGGAUCCUGACUAUCAUUGGUAGCAGCAUUUUUGUAAGUAUCGGCACAAUCCUUACGCGCAAGAGAGCCUUUGAAGCGCGCUUCAAACACGUGGUGGCAUUGCAGAAGGAACAUAGGAGGCUCCAUCGGAGGAGCGUGUCCUCGUUGGGAGUUAGAGACAUGCCGGUGGAUGAGCGGCUGGGCGAGUCGAGGAAACCGGCAGAGCCAGUUGACCACAGCGCGUUUGAAUCGAGGCACAGUUUGCCACGUGACCCGACAACCUGUGCUUCGCGGACUGGGCCGAUGGUGGAAAUGCCAUCGGAUCCUGAAGGGGGGACGGAGAAGGAGGGAAGUGUUGAGGCCUCGGGUGUGAAUAUGAGAACUCAGGCGAAAGGGUCAGUGGGUGAGAAUGGAAGAGCCAGGAGUCCGGACGCGGAUCAUAUUACCUUUGCCUCGUCGCCAACGAGCGAGCAUCGUCGUGUCCUCAGCUUUGUGGGAGUGGGCGGGCACGCAAAUUCCACAUCUUCCAAAUCGCUGCACAUGGAUGGGAUUUACCAUCGGGGACCGAAGGAGAUGAGAGAAGAGGUGGAUGGCGUGGCGGAGGCGCUGGAUCUCAACCCGUAUCCGACAUAUCUCACCUCUAACACUACGGGUCGCAAUGGGCAGGUCUUUGGCCUUUCGAGAGCAGAAAGGGAACAUCUUGGCGGUGUGGAAUACCGCGCUCUUCAGUUGCUGGCCUGGAUCGUGCCGAUUUAUUUUGUGGCGUGGCAGCUAUUAGGGUGUCUCGGGCUGGCAGCUUAUAUGGCAUAUCAUAAAGCUAGUACGGCGAGAGAGAAUGGGAUCAAUCCUUGGUGGCUGGGUGCUUUCAAUGGUGUGUCUGCAUUCAACAACUCAGGGAUGUCGUUGCUCGAUGCGAAUAUGAUCCCGUUCCAAACUUCAGUCUACACACUCAUAACAAUGGGUCUGAUGAUCCUUGCCGGAAACACAGCGUAUCCUCUCUUCCUCCGCCUCAUCCUGUGGAGCAUGCUCAAACUACUCACCCGAAUUUGUCCCUCCGAAGAGCAAUACGCAGACUAUAAAGCAACCCUCUGCUUCAUCCUCAACUAUCCGCGCCGCGUCUACACAAACCUCUUCCCCAGCGUCCCAACUUGGUGGCUACUUUUCAUGGUAAUCACCCUCAACGGCAUCGAUUGGGUAGCCUUCGAGCUCCUCAACAUCGGAAACCCUUCCACAGCCGCCAUACCACCGCACUUCCGGGUCCUGGACGGCCUCUUCCAAGCCGUCGCCGUCCGCUCCGGCGGCUUCUACAUCAUCAGCAUCCCUAGCCUUCGCAUCGGCUUGCAGGUCUUGUAUGUUAUCAUGAUGUAUAUCUCCGUGUACCCCGUUGUCAUCACCAUGCGCCACUCCAACGUCUACGAAGAACGCAGUCUGGGGAUCUACACCUCCUCCCCACCCCAAUCCCAAGAUUCUCACCUUCACAGCCUCGCCUCCCACGUCCAACACACACUAACCAGCACGCUCCUCCCCUUCCCCAACCGCACCCUCGCACAGUCCUUCAUCCACCAACAGAUCCACGGCCAGCUCGCCCACGACCUAUGGUGGCUUGUCCUGGCCAUCCUUCUUAUCACCUGCAUCGAAGUAUCAAACUUCGACCGCGACCCCAUCACUUACUCCGUCUUCAACAUCGCCUUCGAGGUUGUGUCGGCCUAUGGCUGCGUCGGCCUUUCGCCAGGCCUCCCGAGUGCGGCGUAUUCGUUCUCGGGCGGCUGGCACGUGUGUUCUAAAUUGAUCCUCUGCGCGGUCAUGUUGCGCGGCAGGCAUAGAGGCCUGCCGGUGGCGCUGGACAGGGCGGUUAGGCUACCCGGAGCGGGUGAGGAAGUGGGGUUGAAGGAGGAUUGGGCCGCGGGGGGGAAGAGGGGGGCUUGUAGUGGGACUGGGAAGAGUGAAGGGAUGGGUCUCGCUCCCAAUCCUUUUGAGGUUUGAUUUACACCUAGAGAGAUUGGGAACCAACAAGAGGGCGUCGAGGGCGAUGUCUAGGGCUCAGGGGUGGACGGGCCGGGCUUCCUUUGGCGCUGGGAGAGCGAUUUAUCAUAGACACAGGAAUAUAUCUCCAUUGGUUAUCUGAGA